UAUAAUAUAGCGUUAUAUUUUUAUAGUAUAGCGUUAACAAAACGUAUGUAUUAAUCGGGGGAAGGUUUUUGUAGGGGGGAAGACAUUUGGCGUAACAUUGCCAGACACCUUGGCGAACACGCAAUUCAUCUUGGGAAAGUGGUAUCACGCGCCCAAAAAUGUUUUAAAUAAAAUCCAGUCUAAGUAUCAUUUAAAUAGUUUUUUUUGUCAUGUACACCUAAAAUUGUACACAUGAUACUUGAACGCUACUGAAUUCUGUUCAACUAAAACGUAUAAUUUAAUAAGUAGACAAAGUAAGACAUUGAGAAAGCUAAUAUACGUAUGGUACUUUCAAAGUAAUGUCAUUAUUUCUUCACACUUUAUGUGUUAUUAAUUUCACGAUAACAGAAAAUACCAUGGGUUUCAUUAUUUUAAAACUACACCGCACAUGUUACGGAGGAAAACACGCCAUCAAGCCACGGUUAGAGUUAACACUUCCUGUAUAGGCCCUUUAGACGUAAAAGCACGUGUGACGCUAUCAAAAUAAAAUGCCGUUUGUAAAUAUACCGCUCACGAUUAAAAGCAUGUUGUAAAUGAUUCAAGUUGGUAUACAUAGACAAACACUGCCAUUAUACAGCUGUAAUGUAGAGAUAGCGCCCUCUGUCAGACGCCAGGCAGAAAAGUCGACGUGCACGCGUGCACUCUGUGACAGAGGGGGGGAGCACUGUGUGGUGGUGGGGGGCCACGCUGUCCUUGGGCUGAGGCGCUACAGCACAGGCACUGUAAAACAUCUCAAGAAGAGGAAGCAAGAAGAAUUUAAAAGUUCCCAAACUUAUUUUAUUGUUCCAUCCCUUGCGUGCACAAUGAGAGAAAUAGUUCAUCUUCAGGCUGGCCAGUGUGGAAACCAGAUUGGUGCCAAGUUCUGGGAAGUGAUUAGUGACGAGCAUGGCAUUGAUCCCACGGGGACCUACCAUGGAGACAGUGACCUGCAGCUGGACAGGAUCAACGUUUACUAUAAUGAAGCGACAGGAGGCAAAUAUGUGCCGCGUGCUGUUCUUGUGGACUUGGAACCAGGCACCAUGGACUCUGUGAGAUCUGGACCGUUUGGCCAGAUAUUUCGACCUGACAAUUUUGUGUUUGGUCAGAGCGGUGCUGGUAACAACUGGGCCAAAGGUCAUUACACCGAGGGAGCUGAGGUGGUGGACUCGGUCCUGGAUGUUGUGCGCAAAGAGUCGGAAAACUGCGACUGCCUGCAAGGUUACCAGCUCACACAUGCUCUCGGCGGUGGAACAGGAUCAGGCAUGGGAACUUUGCUCAUCAGCAAGAUCCGUGAGGAAUACCCCGAUAGGAUCAUGAAUACAUUCAGCGUGGUGCCUUCGCCUAAGGUGUCCGACACGGUGGUGGAGCCGUACAACGCCACCCUGUCCAUCCACCAGCUGGUUGAGAACACGGAUGAAACCUACUGCAUCGACAACGAGGCUCUCUACGACAUCUGUUUCCGCACGCUCAAGCUGACCACGCCCACUUACGGAGACCUGAACCACCUGGUUUCCUCCACCAUGAGCGGAGUCACCACCUGCCUACGCUUCCCGGGUCAGCUCAACGCCGACCUCCGAAAACUGGCCGUCAACAUGGUGCCUUUCCCCCGUUUGCACUUCUUCAUGCCGGGCUUUGCCCCCCUGACCAGCAGGGGGAGCCAGCAGUACCGAGCGCUAACCGUUGCCGAACUCACCCAGCAAGCGUUCGACGCCAAGAACAUGAUGGCGGCGUGCGACCCGCGUCAGGGCCGCUACCUGACCGUGGCCACCAUGUUCCGGGGCCGCAUGUCCAUGAAGGAGGUGGAUGAGCAGAUGCUCAACGUGCAGAACAAGAACAGCAGCUACUUUGUCGAGUGGAUCCCCAACAACGUCAAGACCGCCGUCUGCGACAUUCCUCCCCGCGGCCUCAAGAUGGCCGUCACCUUCAUCGGCAACACCACCGCCAUCCAGGACAUGUUCAAACGUAUCUCUGAGCAGUUCACAGCCAUGCUGCGUCGGAAGGCCUUCUUGCACUGGUACACGGGCGAAGGCAUGGACGAGAUGGAGUUCACCGAAGCCGAGAGCAACAUGAAUGAUCUGGUGUCCGAGUACCAGCAGUACCAGGACGCCAGUGCGGAGGAUGAAGGGGAAGGCGAGGAGGAUGCCGAAGAAGAUUGAGCGUAUUUAUUACUUUAUUAGUAUUAUUUUGUUCUAAAUAUUGUCUCACAUGAAAAACUUCACCAGAUUUCAGUCAUGCUAACCAUGCAAAUUGAUUUAAAUUAGUUGGUAUUGUUAUUAAUUAGGCUCCUGUGUACCAAGCUUGGCCGGCCAUGCCAGCCAUUGGGCAAGUGGGGUGUUUUGCGUCAAAAAUUAAUUAAUUAAUUAAGGGGCUCUUCACAUAAAAUUUUAGCGCAAACAUAUUUUGAGCCCAUUCCUGUUCCGUCACUGAUAAGAUAUAAUGUCAAACAUCCCAACACAAAUGCAACUAGCUCCUGUGGGGUACAGUGUUAGUCAUUUUGUUGUGCGACAGGCACUGACCUCAAAUCUUGGUCUGAAUUGAGUUAGGAAGGUUUUUAAUUACCGUAUUUUUCGGACUGAAAGGCGCUAUUAAAAUCCUUUCAUUUUCUCAAAUCGACAGUGUCUUGUGUAACUGAAUUCUGGUUGGGCUUACCAACAUUGAAGAAAUUAUAUUUGGUACAUGAUGUAACAAGUGACCAGUAUGGCAGUCACAUAAGAGAUUUGUAGACAUUUUAAGUAGACAUUUGUAGGUAAGCGACUGAGCCUCAUCAUUUGAUGGAGUGUCAGCACAAUGCAGCUAUUAUAGUCAGACGUACUGUGCUUCAACAUAUGGGGAUUAUGGAGUGUGUGUACAUAAGGACCCAAAAAUGGCAUCUAUUGGAAUACAUAUGUGGUGUUUUGUUUCGCCUUAUUAUUCCAAAUCAACUUUUCUUACCUAUUGGUACCUGCUGAUGUGUAUUUGGGAUCUGCAUAAAUACUGAAAAUGUGUGCGCAUCCCCGUCGUCAUUAAGCUCCUUUUUUGCGGGGCAUGCAUCA